AUGGACUCUAAUGAGGACAGUGACGAUAGAGAGGAAGAUGUUUUCAUCCUGAAGAAGGGUUUCCCCAUACGCACCCGGAAAGCAACAUACUUCGUACAAAGUUUGAUUGGGGAAGGGACUUUUGGUGCAGUUUACCGAGUGAUAGAGUCAACGAACGAUUCAAAGAUACACGCUAUGAAAAUUGAGAAGAAAACAGUGAACACAUCCAGAUCAAAACUGAAAACGGAGAUACGAAUUUUACGAUUGCUUGCUAACAAAAUGCACUUCGCAAAGUUAAUUGACGAAGGCUGUGAAGUCACUUUUUCAUUUUUAAUAAUGGACUUACUAGGCAAAAACUUGGCCGACUUGAAGAAAACCCAACCAAAUGAGGGCGGGCACCAGGUCGCCUUUGGUCCGCGAUUACGUCUGGGGACGCGCCACGUAACCUCGCGACUAACUGGCUGUGAUCUCUCCAACGAAGAAAAUUACCAGAUUUUUUCACUGGCGACGGGUCUGAAUGCGAGUUCCCAAUGUUUGGAGGCAUGUCGUGACCUACACAAUGUGGGCUUUAUUCACCGCGAUGUCAAACCAGCGAACUUCGCGUGUGGGAUAGAAGACCGGAUAAAAGUUAUCUUCAUGCUCGACUUUGGUUUAUCGAAAAACCUUCGUCCCGAAAUUGACGAAGAAGUGUCACAAGCCCACAGAUUCAAGGGCACCAUUCGCUAUGCGUCCUUAGCGUGCCACAAAUGUGAAGAUAUGGGUCCACGUGACGACUGCGAAUCGUGGUUUUACAUGAUGGUCGAUUUCGUAUCACCAUUGAGUUUACCGUGGAGAAAUGCAAAGAACAGGAGGUCUGUGUUGCGAAUGAAAGAGGAAAUCCAUCGAGAUAAAAUGGACUGGCUUCUAUGUGGGCUGAAAUGUAAACGGAGCUUUGCUAAAAUCAUUAAAUACAUCGACGGCUUGAAAACUAUGGAUCCUGUGGAUUACACAUUCUUACUUAAAUCAGUUGAAGAGGGCGCCAAGGAAGCGAAAUGUGAUCUUUCUGCUCCGUAUGAUUGGGAAAUCACAAGUCAAGAAGUUGUCGAAUCCUUACCAAAUUUGAGUUGCGAAUGGUUACAAGACGAAAACAAAUAA